AUGCGGGUAUCUGCAACAUCAGGCAGGGGACUUUGGGCUAAAAAAUUAAUCAAAGCUGGUUCUAUUAUCAUUUCACUAAGACCGCAUUCAUUUGCACUUGGUAGCCAGUAUCUGGAUUCACAUUGUUCUACUUGUGCUGCCGUGCCAAACUCAGGUUUGUUGAGGUGUACUGGAUGUCGCACAGUUUGGUAUUGUAACGCGACAUGUCAGACAAAUGAUUGGCUACUUCAUCGACUCGAAUGCUCUGCAUUGAGGAACUGGGCCAAGUCAGCACCAUCGAAAAACCUAUCUGUCCCAAGUGAUGCUGUCAGGUGCCUGGGACGAAUUUUGUGGCAGAAAAGGCAGGAAGGGUUUGAUAGUAGUUGGUCGAAGGAAAUCGAUGCAUUGCAGUCUCAUCGACAUUAUUUGCAGCCUCGUGUCGUUGAAAAUAAUACUCACCUUGCCCACUCUUUGGUUCGAUAUCUUGGCUUGUCUUCUCCUAGAGAACUGUCGAAGUUUGGCAUCUUAUCUGCGGGCGACCUUACUGAUUUAAUUUCAAGAUUUGUUACGAAUACCUUCGCGUUAACUUCGCCCUCGUUGACACCAGUGGGGGUAUCAGUCUCGCCGCUUGUUGCGCUUUUCAACCAUUCUUGUGAUCCCGGCGCGGUCAUCGUUUUUCCUCGAUCUUCUCGAAAACCCACGGAGGAACCGCAGAUGCAAGCGAAUUUGACCUCAUAUGUAGACACGACCCUACCUCGUUCUCUAAGGCAGGCUGCAUUGAAGGAGACCUAUGACUUCACGUGCCAGUGUGAGUCCAUAUGCGAGAUAUAUCAAUGCGUGAAAUGCCGUGCAGUUGUGACUGCAACCGAAUCUAUCAUGGACUCGCUACGCGUUGGACAGGAAGCAUUGGAGAAGGCAACUUCAAUUCAAGAUACGGGUCAGUCCUCCAUGUUGAACACGAAAACAUAUCCAUGUGAUUUUGGUAUACGGCUCCAUAAAUCACUCCUCCUUUUUUCGUUUUCAGCAGACAUGCCAAUCCGUACUUCAGCUAAGCAUUAUAUGGGGCUAUCCGCCCUUCUUCGUGACGGUCACCCUGUGCGCGCUGUUGCCCUAGCGGAACUCGGGAAGCUUUUGGCCGUCGACGAACCCCGCCCUGCCACGUCGCCACUCGCAAACGUUUCCUUCCCACCAUCUGGUCCUCCGCGACUCAAAGCUGCAUACAAAACACUGGUACAUGCAAGACACGAAUUGAUGAUCGGCUUUGGCAGGGAUAAUGACGGCGGCGAGCUCGGAAGAAAUAUUCGCGAAACAUUGGUGUCCCUGGAGAAAGAGCUUGGGGUGUGGACUCAAGGCAUACAUAACACUGUUCAAGAUGCGCUAAACUCCUCACGAAAUCUUUAUCUUCCCAAUGCUGGCGUUUGCAAGCAGAACGUUACAGCGUACGGGCAAGUCCUGUUUGCUGCUGUCGUAGACAGGUGA